UUUAUGAAAAACAGUACCACCAGUAGACUGGUUCUUGGCAGUAACAUUACUGUUAUCUCUUCGGCGGUUUUGGCUCAGUCUCUGGUCGAUUUCAGUGCGGUGACAUCAACCCGACCAAGUCAAACUUGGUCCACGCUUUUCCACAUAACCACAUUAAAGCCAUAUCGUUGGGUUUUACAUGCAUAUUGAUUAACCAGGCACUGGCGAUGACUAACACGACAACAGCAGCGGCGACGGUCGCUGAAAUGAUCGAAGCCGGAGUGUUUGGACCCGGUGGUCGGUUCGUGUCGUUCGCGUUGGACGGCCAGCACGACGGGCAGAAUCAGUUCGCGUCGUCCAUACUGUACGGGACGGUUACGGUAGGCGAUCGCGACUGUCACCAGCAAAGCCAUCGACUCGUGUUCAAGUUCAAGCACACUGUGCCCGAGGUGAAAGAGUUUCUCAAAAAUGACCAGCAGUUCCACAACGAAAUCCUGUUCUACGAACAGAUCAUACCAUUCUUGUUGGAUUGCUGCUCGCAGAAGGACGGCGGUGAGGACGCGACUCCAAUGCUCUGUCAUUACUAUUACGGACGCAACAAUUACGGUGACUUGGCGAAUCGGGACAUUAUUGUCUUGGAAAACGAAACCAUACGUGGAUAUGGGGCCGCAGUGACCGACCAUAAGUUGUGUUUAGAUUUCGAACACCUAAUCGUGGCGAUCAGAGCUCUAGCAAAGUUCCACAGUUUGUCGUACAGAGCCAAGCACGUGGAUCGUGACAAGUUCACGGAUCUGGUGACCAAAGUGAAGGAUACUCAGUGGAAUGAUGACGGGCAGUGGCUUGUAAUAGACAAAGGACUUGGAGGGUUACUUUCUGUGGCUGUUGACAAGGUAAUAGAGCAUCGCGGAGACGACCGACGUGCGCACCGGUUUCAGACGGAACUGUUGGCCGACGCGCCAGCCACGUUGAGACGUGUGAUGGAACCUGUCGAACCUCUGUCCGUCCUGUGUCACGGCGAUUUCAACCGUAACAACCUGAUGUUUAAGUACGACGACGAUGGCCGGCCGGUGGACGCGCUGGCGUACGACAUGGCCACCGUACGGUAUGGGUCGCCGGCGAUCGACUUGUCCUUUUUCUUGUACAUGAACACGGACCGUCAGACUCGGGACGAUCACUGGGACGCACUGUUGGACGCGUAUUGCGAGACGUUGGCCGCCGCCGCCGGUGAUGUCCCUGUUCCGGACCGCGGCCAACUGGAUGUCGAAAUGCGCGAGCACGCGUUCUACGGGUUGGCGCACGCGUCGUUUUUCCUGCGGAUCAUGUUGGAAGAACAAAAACCGAUCGCACCACUGGAGUUCAUCAAUAUGACCUUCGAUGAGGUAAAGGAUCUCUUGUUGUCGUUUGGUGGUGAACGGGCUACCGAUUGGGUGGCCGACACCGUCCAACACUAUUUGGAUACGUCGUUUGCCGAAACGUGAACAUGUAAAUUAUACGCAUACGCGAAUAGAAUGACGCGUAUGUAUUAUGUAUUUUGAGUUUCCAGUUUUCCAUGGUUAUUUUAUCCUCGUUUAAUCCUUAUUCUAUGAUAAUAUUAUGACAAUUUUCUAUCACGAUAAUCGUCUGCAGUAAAUUAUGUAGUUUUCAUAAUAUUAAAAUAAAUACAAAUUUUGUUUUUA